AAUUUGAUGGAAAACUGACAAAAUUAUGCUUUCGUGAAUUUUGCUUCAUCAGCGAUAUUUACGCAUCGACGAUUUUGCCGACUUCGACUCCCAUUUUAGGUCAAUAACAUUCCAGUCAAUCAAAUUCUUAGCUAUUUCACUAGUAUUACUUCUUUUUAUUGAUUAAGCACUAGACAUCUCCCAAUCAAUUGUUUCAACUACUCAAUAAAGUGAUUGGAAAUUAGUAAUUUGGCCAGUUUAACACAAAGCUCAAAAUAUUCCAGUUUCAAAAUAGGGUCCAUAAUAAACAAUGCAGGCAUUCCUGGCAUUAAACUAAAAUUUCCUCUGUUUAUUAGUUACAUCUCCAGGCUUUACAAGUGGAUUCCAUUUUGUUUUUUUUAUCCACAUAAUUAAUUUUUAUUCGCGCUAAAAAAUAGAUUUAUUGUUAUGUAAUAUUGUAAUAAUUAUAUAAAUACAUGUAAUAGCAUAUUCAUGAACAUAUAUUAGACCCACCAGCUGACGUGUAUUAGAUGCGUGACGACAUUUGUUUACUCCUGAACAUCAGCAAAAAUUGAACAUUUCCUUUAUAUCAAGCUCAGUUUCAAGCCAUUUUCAGUACUAAAACCAGUCAAAAUCAUCUCUAUUUCUGUAAUAUACAGUGGACCCCCGGUUAACGAACCUUUUUCAUUCCAGUAGUAUGUUCAGGUGCCAGUACUGACCGAAUUUUUUCCCAUAAGGAAUAUUGUGAAGUAGAUUAGUGAAUUUCAGACCCCCAAACAUACACGUACAAACGCACUUACAUAAAUACACUUACAUAAUUGGUCGUAUUUGGAGGUGAUCGUUAUGCGGGGGUCCACUGUAUAUUCCAUUCUAUCAAAUGAGACCACUAAUACAGCUGUAAAAAAAAACAUACGAAAAAACACCAUUAAGUCGCUGUUUUAAUCCAAAAAUAUGGUUGCAAUUUUUUUUUUCUCAUUAUGUACUACAUGCUGCAGUAUUUGUUAUAUGUGGUGCACACUUACCACAUACAUGCAUUCUCUCAUAUCUAGGCCCAAAUUUACCACUUACAGCUUAUCUGAGUGACCUGAGCUCAAGCCGUAGUUCUACGGCUUGGACCCAGGCUUCAAAGCUGUAGAACUAUGGGACGGACCCUCAAAGGGUUAAGGCGUUAGCCUGGAACCUAACCUGCCAUAUGAGUGGAGCCCAACUGUAUCUGAACAUUUUCACUUCUUCCAUGCUCCCUCCCUCCAGUGUGAUAUCCAGUUUUUCUUUUAUCCAAAUCGUGUGAUACCCUCAUCACCUUACUCUUAUCUAUGUUCAUUUUCAACUUUCUACCCUUACACACCCUCCCAAACUCGUCCAUGAACCUUUGCAACUUUUCGUUAGAAUUUCCAAAACUCGCAGUAUCAUCAGCAAAAAGUAACUGUGUCAACUCCCAUUUUGUAUUUGAUUCCCCAUAAUUUAAUCCCACCGCUGUCCCACAACACCCUGGCAUUUACUUCUUUAACAUCCCUCUCUAUAAAUAAGUUAAACAACCAUUGUGACAUUACACAUCUCUAAGACCUACAUUUACUGGGAGGUAAUCUCCCUCUCUCUUAAACUAACCUGAGCCUCAAUAUCCUUGUAAAAACUCUUUACAGCAUUUAGUAACUUACUCCCCUCAAGGAAGGUUCCUUGAUGUUGGUGAGGGGCUCUUGAUUUAGGGAAUUGGAUCUGUGCUCCAGUUCCCCGAAUUAAGCCUGAAUGCCUUCCACAUCCCCCCCCCCAGGCGCUGUAUAAUCCUCCGGGUUUAGCGCUUCCCCCUUGAUUAUAAUAAUAAUAAUAACUUACUACCUAUUGCAUAGACUUGCAACAUCUGCCACAUUACUCCCUUAUCCACUGUAUCAUAUGCAUUUUCUUAAUCCAUAAAUGCAAUAAAAACUUCCCUACCUUUAUUUAAAUACUUUUCACAUACAUGCUUCAGUGUAAACACUUGAUCUACACAUCCCCUACCCAUUCUAAAGCCUCCUUGUUCAUCUGCAAUCCUGCUUUCUGUCUUACCUCUAAUUCUUUCAAUAAUAACCCUACCAUACACUUUACCUGUUAUACUCAGUAAACUUAUUCCCCUAUAAUUUUUACAAUCUUGUCCCCCUUCCCUUUAUAUGAAGUAACUAUUUAUUUAUUUUAACCAAACUGUAUAUCUUUAUUCUUAAUGUUCAUUUAAAAAAUAAGCAUAUUUCUUUAACGUUACAAUGAUAAAUUUGUCGAGAAGGGAGAGUACCUUGACUUCAUUGCCACUGGCAUUUGCCUUAGUGUUUACUGUAGCUUCACUGAAGAUAAUUUAUUAUUUUUUUAUUAACACAUUGGCCAUCUCCCACCAAGGCAGGUGCCCCCCCCCCAAAAAAAAAAAAAAUAUCAUGAUUCACUCCAUCACUCUCUUGCCAGAAGCGUGCUUACCCUACAGUUAUAAAACCAACAUUAACACCCCUCUUUCAGAGUGCAGACACCGUAAUCCCCCAUCUCCAGGACUUGAGUCCGGCCUGUUGGUUUCCCUGAAUCCCUUCAUAAAUGUUACCUUGCUCACACUCCAACAGCAUGUCAAGUCCUAAAAACCAUUCGUUCCUAUCAAACACGCUCACACAUGCUUGCUGGAAGCCGAAGCCCCUCGCACACAAAACUUCCUUUACCCUCUCCCUCCAACCUUUCCUAGGGCGACCACUACCCUGCCUUCCCUCUACUACAGAUUUAUAUAUCCAAGUUACCCUAUUUUGCUCCAUACUCUAAAUGUCCAAACCACUUCACAGCGCUCUGGAUAAUACUUAGUAACUCUGCACUUCCUAAUUUCCAAGCUACGAAUUCUCUGCAUAAUAUUUACACCACACAUUGCCCUCAAACAUGACAUCUCCACUGCCUCCAACCUCCUCCUCCACUGUAACAUUCACAGCCCUGCUUCACAUCCAUAUAAGAGUGUUAGUACCACGAUACUCUCAUACAUUUCCUCUCUCUUGACUGUUUCCACAGAUGCCUCAGUGCACCCCCCCCCUCCCAUUUUUCCUUCAUUAUUUCUGUGGAUCACCUCAUCUUUCAUAUACCCAUCUGCCAACAAGUCCACUUCUAAAUAUCUGAACACAUUCACUUCCUCUAGUAUAUAUCUUCAUCUUUUGGGGAUUCAUUUUUGUAUACCUUACAAUACAUUACUGAAUCUUACUAAAGUAAGAAUCGAGGCAUUGAUUCCCCAGUGCUGUUAUUAAACAUGAAUUUCUGUUUAUAUACAAGCAUUUACUUGGUUUGUUUAAUCUAUAUAUUUUGGAAAGUAGAGGACAAUGUUGUAAUUAAUGUUUCUGAUGACCCCAUUUUUUUUUUAUUUCAGGUAUCUGAAUUAAAGCGAAUCAAUAAGAUAAUACAAGAAAAAGAAUUUUAUGCUUUGAAAUCUUUGAAAAUACCAGUGAAGGCAAACUCGGUUCUUGCAGAAAUGUUGAAAGAAGAGGAACAGCAACAGUGCACUUAUAGUGAGAAGAAGACUAUUGCUAAUACUAGGGCUACAAUUUUAGGUACAAGAAGUAUAAGUAGUUGUAGUGAAUACGAGAGUGAUUCUGAAAUGCACGUAGGCUACAUUAGUAUUGAUCGCAUUUUAAAAGACACGCGAACUAAGAAGGAAGCAAUGAGGUUUCUUAAUUCGAUGCAGAAAGACUUGGCUAACAUCCGCGAGAAAACCAAUUUUUACAAAGGUUCUCUCGAUGAAGUUGCUGCAGUUCUAACUGACCCACGAUUCCAUCCACUUCAACAGACAGAGGAUAAGUGCACUGGAGCAGACUGGGGAAUCACUUGGUGGAAAGUUUUGCUUGCAGGGAUAGUGAUUCUUGUUGGAAUUCCUUUAUUAUACAUUUAUAUUUAUCUUGAGAAGAGGUAAGCUAAGGUAGCAAAAGUUUGUCAAGUGUUGGCUCCACCUGAAUAAAAGUUUUAUCCUGGUUGCUGACUACGUUAGACAAUAUCUUGUGUGAUACAGUAAGAAGAGGUUAUAUUUUGCAAAGCAAAUAAUACCUUUUACUGCUUUGGGCAGGGCACAUGCUUUGAUGGAGAACCUUGUAUAUAUAAUUUACUGUUACGCAGACUACUGUAAUAUUGUAAUAACUGUAUAAAUAAUGUCAACCCAUUCAUGACUGCAUAUUAGAAUGGCUACUUGGACAUUAUUGGAAAAUGACAUCAUUUGUUUACUUUGGAACAUCGGCAAAAAUCAAACAUUUCCCAUACUCUGAGCUCCAUUUCAAGGUUCUUUUCAUAGUAAAACCAAUCAAAAUCACCUCUAUUUCUAUAAUAUGUUUUCCAUUCUAUCAAAUGAGACCAUGAAAACGAGAAUACAACCAUAAAUACUAUACGAAAAUAGACCACAAAGUCGGAAUUUUAAUUAUAAAAAAAAAAAAAAUAAAAAAAAACACACGAGUUUUUUUCUCACGCACUGUGUGCUGCAGGAUUUGUUUUUUAUAUGGUGCACACUGACCACACAGACCCAUUCUCUCACACGUGGGCCUACCAGCUUUCUCCUGCUUGAUUUGAAGCCACUAGAAUUUUUGAGUACAUGUAUAUAUACGUCAAACACUGUGGGUUGUAAGACGUAUAUAUACGACCAAAACAGUCAAAGGGUUAAUAUCAUCAAUAGGUUCUUGGAAACUGCGACUUUAAGGAAAACUAUGUAAAAUGAAACCAAUUUUACCAUAGGCUGACCCUUGUAGGUUUAGCACAUUUUUGAUAAUUUACCAUAGGCUAAUUGAUAUAAACAUCAGAUGCACAGUACAGGGUUAAAUCAAGGAAUAAAUGUUUGCAAAGCAAAAAUUGUAAUGAGCACCUCCUACCAUAUAGUUCAAAAAUGAAUGCGCAAACUUCAUACAGACAGUGGAACCGUUAUAACGAAACAACAAUAAGUGAGGACUGUACUAGGUUUACCUGGAGAGAGUUCUGGGGGGUCAAUGCCCCCGUGGCCCGGUCUGUGACCAGGCCUUAUGGUUGAUCAGAGCCUAAUCAACCAGGCUGUUACUGCUGGCUGCACGCAAUCCAAUGUAUGAGCCACAGCCCGGCUGGUCAGGUACCGACUUUAGGUGCUUGUCCAGUGCCUGCUUGAAGACAGCCAGGGGUCUAUUGGUAAUCCCCCUUAUGUAUGCUGGGAGGCAGUUGAACAGUCUCGGGCCCCUGACACUUAUUGUAUUGUCUCUUAACGUGCUAGCGACACCCCUGCUUUUCAUUGGGGGGAUGUUGCAUCGUCUGUAGAGUCUUUUGCUUCCGCUGCGAGUGAUUUUCGUGUGCAAGUUCAGUACUAGUCCCUCUAGGAUUUUCCAGGUGUAUAUAAUCAUGUAUCUCUCCUGCCUGUGUUCCAGGGAGUACAGGAACUUCAAGCGCUUCCAGUAAUUGAGGUGUUUUAUUUAUGUUAUGCGCGCCGUGAAGGUUCUCUGUACAUUUUCUAGGUCAGCAAUUUCACCUGCUUUGAAAGGUGCUGUUAGUGUUCAGCAAUAUUCCAGCCUAGAUAGAACAAGCAACCUGAAGAGUCAUCAUGGGCUUGGCAUCCCUAGUUUUGAAGGUUCUCAUUAUCCAUUCUGUCAUUUUUCUAGCAGAUACGAUUUAUACAAUGUUAUGGUCCUUGAAGGCGAGAUCCUCCGACAUGAUCACUCCCGGGUCUUUGACAUUGGUUUUUCGCUCUAUUUUGUGGCCGGAAUUUGUUUUGUACUCUGAUGAAGUUUUAAUUUCCUCGUGUUUACCAUAUUGGAGUAAUUGAAAUUUCUCAUUGUUGAACUUCAUAUUGUUUUCUGCAACCCAUUGAAAGAUUUGGUUGAUGUCCGCCUGGAGCCUUGCAGUGUCUGCAAUGGAAGACACUGUCAUGCAGAUUCGAGUGUCAUCUGCAAAGGAAGACACAGUACUGUGGCUGACAUCCUUGUCUAUGUCAGAUAUGAGGAUGAGAAAACAAGAUGGGAGCGAGUACUGUGCCUUGUGGAACAGAGCUUUUCACUGUAGUCGCCUCAGACUUUACUCUGUUGGCUACUACUCUUUGUGUUCUGUUUGUGAGGAAAUUAUAGAUCCAUCUACCAACUUUUCCUGUUAUUCCUUUAGUACGCAUUUUGUGCGCUAUUAUGCCAUGGUCAUACUUGUCGAAGGCUUUUGCAAAGUCCGUAUAUAUUACAUCUGCAUUCUUUUUGUCUUCUAGUGCUUAGGUGAGGGAUCCAUACAAGUUUCAGUAUUUUAUGUUUGAAGACAGUCUGUGGUGAUCAUUCUCAUUGUGUGAUGAGUUUAUACACUUGCAUAUGUAUGAUGCCUACAGAAAAUUUAAUAUACUACCAAAAAAAAAAAAAUCUUUAGAUAAUAGAUGUGUGCUAAACCAGGAUUCAUACACUAUCUGUGGAAUAGGAGGUAAUAAGGUUUGAUCAAAUGUAGGGUAAUUUUCUUGGAUCAAGAGUCUUCUACCAGCAUAGACCCCGGGUAAACUCCAGACCCUGGUGGUUUAGCAGUAGAUCAUGGCUAUCCUAAAAUCAUGUAUACCUAGAGAAGGUUUUGGGGAUCAGUGCCCCCAUCUGAGUCCAGGUACUAAGAUAUUAUUUUUUUCACUUUAACUAUUUCUUAGAUUGAGUUUUUUUUAUUUUAAAAUUUAUUAAUACUAUUUCUAAGGUGCAGUACUGUGCUUAGAUUGUAAAUAUCCAAGGAAUUAUAACCCUUUUCAUUAUUACUAUUUUUUUUAUCGUAACAUCCGUCUCCUACCAAGGUAGGAUGACCCAAAUUAUCAUAAUCAUCUUAUGGGAAGCACUAAACCCAUAAGUAUUAUACAGCACUGUAGCCUCCUCUUCAGCUUUAGGUAUUGUAUCAUUCCAUUUUAUGAAUGCUAUACAAGUAAUUUUGUAUUUUGGAUGUUUGUAUAUCUUAAAUUAUGUCAUUUUUACUGAAGUAAAAUAGAGAACAUUGUCUGUAUAGACUUUAAAAUAUAUAUACUAUAUGUACCCAGCAUAUUGUUAUUGUAAAAUUUAUUUAUGUACCAUAUAGUAAAUUCUUCCAUUAUAAGAGGCUUGUAUUUUGAGGUCUGGUACACCUGGUUCCCCCAUUUAGUUGGGAACAAAUGUGGUGAUAAAUAUAUAAAAUUGUAGCAUUUAUUUUUAUAUUAAUAUAUUUUAUGAUUAA